AUGGACAGUUUUGGUUUCGGUGUGCUAGGUGGCAUUUUUGCCUCCAGUGGAGGUGGUGAGGAGGAGGUCGACAAUCGACAGAAGGUUCUGCAGCGGACCGAGAGUUUUGCUGACUAUACCCCUCCGGAAAUCACCAACUUCCAGCAAAGCACGCUUCAAAAGAAGAUAAAGCAGGAUUCCGGGGUGGCAGAGUCAAUAAUACCGGUCAAGGUAUCGCAGAUAUUGACAAACCUUAGCGACGGCACUCAAAAAUUCUCCCUUUACAACCAGGCCAUUGGUGCCAUAUGCAUCGUCGGACAAAUACAAGAUUUAGAGAAGCUUACGUCCGCAAUGUACUUCCAACUAACGGACGAGACAGGGUCGAUUGCUGUGAAUUACGCUGACGAGGCCUUUGCGGUGCAGCAGGGCGACUAUGUGCAGGUGGUGGGUUCUCUGGUAAUACUUGCGCCAGACAACUUCUAUGUGGAUGCGCACAACGUCAUGUUAAUCGGAGAAGAUCUUGGCAAAUAUAAGGAUUUGCUUAUGUACCACAACGUGUUGGUGGCAUACACGGCAUACCACCUCGACCUAGGAUCGAAGCUUAAACUACAAAACAAGCAUACAGGCAAAAUAUCGGAGCUCCCUGGUCAGAGUACUGGCCGCCUUAGUAUCGCAGACAUUGAAUCCGUGGAACUCGGCGAGCUCUACGAUCACAUCACCGAGCCAGUGGAGCGAUUGAUACUGCAGUACCUGAAGGCGCGCCCAGACACUUUGGCAAAGCGUAGCGACAUUAUGGCGUGUCUAUCGGAGCGAUACAUAGGUUAG